AUGAAGACUGGAGUCAUGAUUGCCCUCGUGGCCAUGGCGGCUACCGCUGCAUCACCUCCUCGAGAUCGACUUGACAAGAAGAACAUCGAGCUCCCCAUCCAGUACGACACCAACUACCCUGCUCUGGGCUGCGGCAACUCCAAACCCACGGUCAGUUGCACGGCCUACUCAACGUUGUGCACAAAGGAUGCACAGGUGCAGCCUGGCAAGAACGACUGGUGCAACGAUUAUUGUCACUGUGUUCGCACCGAGAGCCCCCAGAAGAACGCUCCGGCCGGCACUGAGUCCAUCGAUGACGUUUCCUCGCAACAGGUUCACCAGCCUCAGAACCACGUUCGCGACUCCCCGCUCCAGCUGCAGUGCUGGUCCCCCGAGGGUGGAAAUGCCACGACCAGCUACUGCCAGCAAGCAGGCGCGUUCUGUAGCCCUGACGGCGAUGUCACGGGCUCAAUCGAAGGCCACUGUUACACCUUCUGCCACUGCAAGCCCAACACCACUGCCAAUGCCACUACAACCACCAGUCAGCCAACUACAACUACAACUCACGCGACCGCCUCCAGCCUGGUCCUUCCCACCGACCACAACAUCCCGCCCCGACGCGGACGCGGCAAGCGCCAGGGUUUCGAGCCGGGCCCCGACUCCAAUUACCCGGUUGACGACUUGCAGCUGAAGUGCGGCGAGAUGACCGUCGGUUGCUCGAAGUAUGUCCAUUGUCUGGCUGAUGGCGAGAUUGUGGGGUCGGGUGAUGAGAGUGGGUUCUGCAAGGAGGUCUGUCAUUGCGAGGGUACGCGUGCGCUGCCGAAGUAG